UGUCUAGUCCUUAUAUUAUCAAUUCUUACAAAUUGUAUGCAUGAGAUGAGAUAGAACAAGAAUGGGAAAAAGCUAAUGUGCAUUGAAUGAAUGACAGAGGAGUUUGCACCUUGGUCCUAGAAUCCUCCUCUUGUUGUGUUUUAUUUCUUCAAUCCAAGUCUCCAUCUCUCUCUUUCUCUCUUCCUUGAAUUGGAAGAGAAGAUGGCAAAACCAGCUCCCCAUUCCCAUCUUCUCCUUGUAAUCUUGUUUCUUUCCAUAAUCCAUCUUUCAGAGCAAUUACAAUAUUCUCAGUCUCAGACACUUCUCAAACUCCAGCAACUUCUUGGCUACCCCUCAGCACUAAACACCUUCACUAGCACCACCCCCAACACAGACUAUUGCAACAUUGAACCAACUCCAUAUUUGACACUAGUGUGCUAUGAGGACAACUUGACUCAGCUGCAUGUUGUUGGAAACAAUGAGUUCACCCCAUUACCUCAAAGUUUCUCUUCAGACUCACUCUUUUCCACAUUGGGAACCCUCUCAAGCUUAAAAGUCCUCUCUUUGGUUUCUCUAGGGCUCUGGGGGCCUCUACCUGAAAGCAUUUCUCAAUUGUCUUCACUGGAAAUACUUAACAUCAGCUCAAAUCACUUCAGUGGAGCCAUCCCAUUCCAGCUUUCAAAACUGAAGAAUCUGCAAUCUUUGGUGCUUGAUGACAACAACCUGAAUGAUGAAAUUCCCCAAUGGUUUGGAUCUUUUCAAGGUUUGGCUGUGCUUAGCAUGAAGAAAAAUUGGUUUAGUGGGAGCAUUCCAAGUUCAGUGAAUUCCCUUGUUACUCUUAGAGUUUUAGAUCUGUCAAAUAAUCAGCUAUCUGGGGAGCUACCUAAUCUUCACAAUUUGGCAAACCUUCAGGUUCUUCACUUGGAAAACAACACACUUGGACCUCAUUUUCCUUCUCUGCCUAACAAGCUAGUUUCCCUUGUGCUUAGAAACAACAGCCUCAGGCUUGGUGUGCCUCCUAAUAUAAGUUCAUUUUAUCAGCUCCAAAAAUUGGAUCUUUCAUUGAAUGGUUUUGUGGGGGUAUUUCCCCCAUCAUUGUUGUCACUUCCUUCCAUCAAUUACCUUGAUGUUUCUUCCAAUAAACUCACAGGGAUGCUUUUCAAGAAUUUUUCAUGCAAUGAUGAUCUGCACUUUGUUGAUUUAUCUUCAAAUCUUUUGAAAGGGGAACUUCCCUCUUGUUUAAGACCAAAGACCAGGGUUGUUUUAUAUGCUGGAAAUUGUUUAUCAAGUGAGAACCAAGGCCAGCACCCUUCUAACUUCUGCAGGAAUGAGGCUAUUGCAGUUAACAUCACACCCCAUCAACAGGAGCAUGAGAGUAGAACAACUGGUAAAGCCAAAACAGUGUUUGUGUCAAGUAUGGGAGGUGUUUUGGGAGUGCUGAUUGUUGCAGUGGUGAUUUUGGUCAUAAGCCAGGUUCACAGAAAACAUGUUGUGAAAACAGCUUCAGGGUUAGCAUUGGAGCAUGUUAUCAGUCAGGUACACAAUGAAGAUGAAGUGAAAACUCCUAAAAGGUCCAUAAUGGAGCAUAUCAUUAGAAGAGUUCCUGACAAACAAGCAGUGAAAGCACUUGCAAGAUCCAUAAAGGAGCAUGUCAAGAGCCGUGUGAUUAACAAACGUAAUGUGAGGACAUCUACAAGGUCUAUAAUAGAGCAUGUACCAUCAGUUAACACCGCAAAACUACUCACAGAUGCAAGGUAUAUAUCACAAACAAUGAAGAUGGGAGCCAGCCUUCCUGCUUACCGGACCUUCGCCUUGGACGAACUUAAGGAAGCUACAAAUAAUUUUGAUGCAUCAUGUUUCAUAAGUGAAGGGCCAUAUGGUCAGAUAUAUAAAGGAGAGCUCUCUGAUGGAAUGCACAUUGCUGUUAGAAGCAUGAAAAUAAGAAAGAGACACAGCCCUCAGACCUAUAUGCACCAUGUUGAAUUGAUUUCGAAACUCAGACAUUUACACUUGGUCAGUGCUCUUGGACAUUCUUUUGAGUGCAACCAGGAUGAUUCAAGCGUCAACACUAUAUUUCUCAUAUUUGAGUUUAUUCCAAAUAGAACUUUAAGAAGCUUCGUCUCUGGAUCUUCUGGGGAAAAGCUUUCUUGGACACAAAGAAUAGCAGCUGCUAUUGGAGUGGUGAAAGGCAUUCUAUUUUUGCACACUGGGAUAGUGCCUGGACUAUAUUCAAAUAAUCUGAAGAUAACAGAUAUUCUUCUAGAUAGCAAUCAUAACGUUAAAAUAAGCAGCUACAAUCUGCCACUCUCUGUUGAAAAUAAGAAAAUGGUCAGCAAUGGAACUUCCCCUGGAUUAAAAGGAAAUCUCCAAGCAAGGCUAAAAGAUGCAGACAAGAAUGAUGUCUAUGAUAUUGGGGCAAUUUUACUAGAAAUCAUUCUGGGACGACCAAUAAUGUUCCAUAAUGAAGUUGGAACACUAAAAGAUCUUUUACAGGUAAGCAUCAAAACUGAUGAUAUAGCUAGGAGAAGUAUUGUUGACCCAGCAGUUCAUAAGGAAUGUUCUGAUGAAUCAUUAAUGACAAUGAUGGAGAUAUGUGUAAGAUGUCUCUCUAGUGAACCAACUGUUAGGCCUUCUGUGGAAGAUGUUCUCUGGAAUUUGCAGUUUGCAGCACAAGUUCAAAAUACAUGGAAAAGAGACUCAAAUGAUCACAGAUACUCACCUGUACCAUCGUCCACGGAGAUAGAUCACAGAGACUCGCCUGUACCAUCCUCCAGGGAGAUAUAAGAUUUGUAUGAAAUUUCCAGGAACUAAUAGUGUGUAUUCUACCAUGUAAAAAAUUUAGUUUUAUACAGAUCGCAUGAGCAACAUUAGAAUUCAAUAAGUGUGCCCAAAAUUUUCCCUGUUUUAUUUAA